UAUGAAACAAUGGGAAUAAAACAAAUAAAAAAAUAAAUAUAGAAAACAAGUAAAUCAACCACGUGACGUCAGCAACCGAGUUUGUCGUCUGCUUUUAGAAAAGAUGGCAUCAUUGGAAUACACUGACGAGGAAAUGUUCAAUGAACCUAUCAAUCAUGGCACUUUUGGUAUACAUCUACCAGCAACACCUAAUACUGACCAAGAAGAAGAUAAUUGGAGUGAUUCGUCAAUAACUGACCUGAUAGCGGCCUCCGAAGUGACUCUGAGCGACAUUCAACACAUGGAAAGACAAAUAACACAAUCCGACAUGGAUAUCCCCCCUCCGGAAACUCCGGUAUUGGAAGUGAUUACUUCCAUGACGGCAAACAAUUUGGAAAAAAUAUUGCAAUUAGCAGAUAAUAUCGGGGCUACUACUACUACUUUCCCUGAAGUCAAAGAUGAGACAGUUCAUGUGCAAGAGGAGCCCGAUACAGAUACUAAAAAGAGAUUUAAAACAGUUGAUGCUAACCAGCAAAAAAUAUACCAAGACGCCAACCAAAGCGAGUCAACCAAAAAAAACACAUCAUGGGCCCUGAAGCUGUUUCAAGACUGGCACCAUGAAGUAUACCAGGGGCCCUUGGAUUUUACUGAUGUGAAUGUGGAAAACCUAGCAACAGUUUUAGCGAAAUUUUACUGCGAAGCAAGACCAAAGCAAACUGAGGCGAGGGCAAGCAUGUUAAAACCUGAACAUGCCGGGGAAUAUCACAAGAACACUCUCAAAAAUAUUAGGGCUGCAUUGAACCGUCAUUUACAGGACCUAGGCAGAGACAUGGAUAUUGUUAGGGAUAAGCAAUUCAAAUCAUGCAACAAAACCUUAAACGGUUUAUUAAAAGAACGUAUGAGGUCUGGCCUUUCACGUCCGACCUUACACAAAGAUAUCAUCACAAAAGAGGAUCUCGGCAAAAUUUGCACCUACCUGAAAUCUAUGUGUCACUCAUCAGCUGUUGUUCUCCGUUUAGCUGUGUGGUACAAUCUCGCGAUUCAUUUCGUCAGUCGCGGUUUGGAAUUUCAUCAACAAUCACGAGACACGGCAAAAAAACUUCCAGGGGGGGGUAUCAAAUUGUGAAGCCCCGUCCGACAAACGAAUGUAUGCAGUAGACUCCGAAUUGUGUCCAGUAAAACUUCUCCGUCAACUCAUUAACAGAACAGAUGAAUCAGCACACAAGCUAUUUAACCACUUCAU